AUGAAUUGUUAUGUUCACAGAUUUGUUCAGCAGUUUUUACCUGUGUUGUACGAAGUUACUGUUGAUAAUGUAAAAUGGGCUAAAUAUUUCUGGGAAUGGAUGCUGAUCUGCAUUGGCUGCCAGUCGUGUGAAUAUUUCCGAAUCUUAAAUGUUGCAAUUUGGAAAGGUACCGCUUUGAUGUCUUCAGAUCGCUUCCAAUCACUUAUUGAUAAGGUAAAAGUGAUCCAAUUUAUCACGGUUGAUGUAAGUAUGCAAAUGCAAUUACGUGUGAAUAACUUGAUAACUGCUGAUAAUAUCAAGAGCAAAACUGCGCGGAUAGUGGGUAGAAAGCAUAACAGACUGUAA